AACGUAUUUUUACAAAGCUUCACUAUGUAAAACCACUACCAGUGACCUCUUUUCCUCCCAGUUGGCCCAGAUUUCUUCGUAGUUCCCUAGUUUCUUGCAUGACAUAGUGCUUCUGAUUUGUUACAUACAAGGUAGUGUAUUUCAAUCUUAAUGAAAGUGCUGCAAGGGGAAGAAUAUUUUAAGCAAAUUUAUAUCAAAAGAACUUGCAUUAAAAUGCUGGUAAAAUGGAUUAAAAUUAGAAGAUAAGUAAUCCUAAAGAAUAACAACUCAAUUGUUCAAGUUUACCCGUGAAUAGGGGGUAGGGUAGGGACUGGGGUAAGUUGCAUGUGUUACAGCCUACCAGUUCCUCACUACCCAUCACUACAGCCCUGCCAAAAGAGUCACAGUCCAGAGAAUCAAUUUAUAUAUAAAACCUUUUCCAGGAGAGUUACCAUCACUAUUGAAAAAGAAAAAAACAAAGAACUAUAUAUUUGACAUUUGAAAAAUACUUCCAGGUAACAGAGACUCAUUGAAUCAUGGAAUCUUUAUCCUUUCCAAUGACCCUGCAAAAUACUUUGCUUUGUAUAGGAGAAUAAACAGUUUUAGAUAAUUUACACUAUUUGCCCAAUUAACCCUUUGUCUAUACCAUACAUAAAGGUAUGGCAGAAACUGUAUUUACAUACACAUAUUUCCCAGUAUGUUUCACCAUAUAGACAAAAAUAAUCCCCACUGAGACCCAUUAUACUUUGCUUAUUCAUACACUUAUCCGUAUCUGCCAAGCACUAACUUUUCAGCAAGUACCACCUGAAAGUAUACGAUCUUUCAUAGGACUAUGUUUUGAGUAGUGGGUUAAAUGGACUUUUGGAAUUUGUGGUUUGAAAUUUGUAUUAUAUAAUUGUCAUAUGUAUUAUGUUCUAUUAUUGAUGCAUUUUAUAAAUGUCAUUAUGUGAUUGUACUAUAUAAAUAGUAAAAGGAAAAUUUUAAAGAAUGGUUAAAUAACUGCCCAUAUAUUUAAUACCUGAAGGUUUAACAUUGUUUUAUUGUGUUUCCUUUUUUGUUUUGUUAUCCAUAUUUAUGUAACUCUGUCUGUCUGUCUCUCUCUAUAUGUCUAUAUGUAUAUCAUCAGGGUUUCUCAGCUUUGAUACUAUUGUGACCACUGGCUGAAUAUUGUUACAGUUUGGAUAGUAAAUACAGUAAAAUACUGAACAGCUUAACUGGCCUCAAACCAGUAGAUAUUAUCUGAGGAGUAAAAUCACUCCAGUAGAGAACCACUGAUCUAUUUCCAUAUUUUUUUCUAUCUCUAGAUUUUAAUGUCUGGCAGAUGAAUCUAUUUUCAAAUAUUCUAACCUGGAAUGUUUAAAUGAAUCUUAUUCACACUAGCUUUGCAUACUAACACAUCUCUGAGGAGAUAAUUCAUAAAAUCUAUUGACUAUGCUGAUGUCUCUAUUCAGAAUACCUUCUCUAAUAAGUCUGAAUGGAAAACUACAAUCAAACAGUGCCGAGCGAAUUCAUUCUCAUGGGCAUCACAGACCGCCCUGAGCUGCAGGCUCCGUUAUUUGGGCUCUUCCUCGUCAUCUACAUGAUCUCAGUGGUGGGCAACUUGGGCAUGGUCAUCCUCACCAAGGUGGACUCUGGGCUACAGACACCCAUGUACUUCUUCCUCAGACACCUAGCUUUUACUGAUCUGGGUUAUUCAACAACAGUGGGCCCCAAAAUGUUGGUAAAUUUUGUUGCAGAUCAAAAUAAAAUCUCCUAUUAUUUCUGUGCUACACAACUAGCUUUCUUUCUUGUGUUCAUCAUUAGUGAACUUUUCAUUCUGUCGGCAAUGUCCUAUGACCGCUAUGUGGCCAUCUGUAACCCUCUGCUCUACACAGUCGUCAUGUCACAAAGGGUGUGUCAGGUGCUGGUGGCAAUCCCCUAUCUCUAUUGCACAUUUGUUUCUCUCCUAGUCACUGUAAAGAUAUUUAAUUUAUCCUUCUGUGGCUACAAUGUCAUUAAGCAUUUCUACUGUGACAGUCUUCCUUUGAUAUCUUUGCUCUGCUCAAACACUCGUGAAAUUGAACUGAUUAUUCUGAUCUUAGCAGGUUUUAAUUUGAUUUUCUCCCUUCUGAUAGUUCUCGUGUCUUACCUGCUCAUUCUUGAAUCUGUUCUCAAGAUGAACUCUGCUGAAGGUCGGCACAAGGCUUUUUCUACCUGUGGAUCCCACCUGACAGUGGUCACAGUGUUCUACGGGACUUUGAUUUUUAUGUAUGUGCAACCAGAGUCCAGUCAUUCCUUUGACACUGAUAAAGUGGCUUCCAUAUUUUACACCCUCGUUAUCCCCAUGUUAAAUCCCUUGAUCUAUAGCUUGAGGAACAAAGAUGUAAAAUGUGCCCUACAAAGGACGUGGAAAAAACUAUGCAAUGUUUUCUCUUAA